UAAGAGGAUGCUGGGUGGAGUUUUGAGGACACCAGCGCAUUUAUGCCGAGGCGUGCUGACGUCAUCCCGCCACAAUGAGCGCACUUCACACUGUUGUUGACGCGUCAUAAAUGCACAUGGCUCCGUUGCGGAUAUUGAACGAGAGAUGGAGCAGAGACUGACAGUCGGAGUGAGAGACCUGAGUGUUUUUUUUCGGAAACAAACCCACUACCUUCCGCAGACCACAACAUGAGCGAGAACAACUACUGGGGACAGCAUGACUGCAGCAGACUGUGCUUGGGCCUGCCGAGCGGCCACGUGGAACACAACCUGACCGAUCAGCAACUGGUCCAAGAAUGCAGCGCAAACGUUUUUCUCCCAAAGUUUCCAUCCUACUCCGAUUCCUGCUGCCUCCCAUUGGACAAGACACUUGGACCUCAUGAAGGAGACCAGGUGGUGCCUUAUUGUUCUUCCCACCGCUGGACAGUGUUUUGGGGCCCGCAGAGAGAAGCCAAACCAUUGCCGCCUUUACCUGACCCCGAGGAGCACAUGUCCGACGAGGCGGCAGAUAAUGAAGUGGAGUUCUUCACCAGCGAGCGACGGCCGCUUCUGCCCAAAAGCUCCCCUAAGAUGGUGUGCAGGAACAGGGGACAAGUAAAUCCCGCCUACCUGGGGGCGUCGUCGCAGCCUGGCAACGCCUCCUUGGCGUUCUCCUGGCCUGGCAAAGAGGACAAAUUAACAGGUGCAGGUGCCGAACUCCUCGGAGUUAACGACUGGCCUCCUGUUCCCCUGGCGGAAAACCACCAGGAUGUGUCGUGGAGUCGACACCCAGACUAUAAACUCAACUCCUCCUCCGGCAUCCCCACCGAGAAGCCCCAAAUUCCUCCUCGUAUCCCAAUCCCGCCAAAAACGUACCUAAAAGCUGCGGCCGGCGAGGAGAAGCCGCCCAAAAUCCCCCCGAGAGUCCCUCUGGUGCCCCCGUGCCCGCCACGGUCCCCGAGUCCCAAAAGCCUACCCAUUUACAUCAACGGCGUGAUGCCGGCCACGCAGAGUUUCGCUGCUAACCCGCAAUAUGUGAGCAAGUCGCUGCUGAGCGAGAGGGCGCCCCCCGCGGCUCAGAUCUCCCCCUGCAUCGUUCCCAUUUUGAAGGACGGCAGACAGGCCAGCGCCACGCACUACAUCCUCCUCCCGCCGCGGCAAAAGACAUUGGCCGACAGACGAGGGCGACUCUUGAGCGAGCCCGCCAGGUUGGGAAACGAAUGGCAGAACAAUUAAAAUAAACCCGGCGUGGGCGCUUGGUUUACUUCAGAUUUUGCACAUGCAAAAAAAAAAAAAAAAAACGGGCACAAAAUUGAAACUAUCCCGUACAACACGUCUUUAUCUCGAUAGCGCUUUCACAACAGCUACAGAACAGUUAACAUGAAAUGACUAAAGACGCUAACAGAACUUCACGCUUUGUUGUUUGAGGCAGUUCUAGAUGAAAGCGGGGAGGAUAAAAAGUGUCCUUUCGCCAGUGGAUCAGAGACGCCAAGCUCAAAAUGAGCACACGUCUGCUACAAGCUCUGUUUGAAAGUAAACAAGAUGGCUGCUUCCAUCGACCAUCACAGAGAUUCUUCUUCUUUAUAGCACAUGCAAUUUGCCAGCUUAGUUCAUCAAGCCCGAUGAGUCUUAAAAGUGAGGAGAAAAUAGUCAACGACAUCAUGCCUUUCGCCUUCUUGCGAUUGUGAGACAUGGCUAAAUAGUGUGACAUCAUAACGCAUCACACCGCGGAACCCUCCAACGCUUGUGUUGUUGCUAUUUGCCGUUUUCUAGAAAGAAUCAAUGGACUGACUGCAGUCAUUAGGUACUCAAAAGACUAUUGUUGGUACAAUACUUUAAGAGUAUGCUGUGGUAUUAUGGUAUGUACUUUUCCCCCACUUUUUAUGUCUUGCUGCAAAUUGUUUAAUAUUUGCCAGAAUUGACGUUGACCUUAAAACGGUUUGUAGUUGCCUAGAGAGGCCACAAGGUGGUGGCAAAGCACUACUUUCCUAUUAGACAGGGCUAUGGCUCCUUCGUCUCACUUUAACAUAGUUCUUCGGCACCGAUAUGCCACAAGCCAGAGCCAAAUCACCCCAUAAAUUACCACGUUUUUUAAUUUUCUCAGGAAAUAUCGUUCAUACGUAUCCAGGAAGGAUACAUUUUGUCAAAUGGGUUUGGAGGUACACACAGACACGAUAGCUUCGGUCGGACAUUUUCAGCCUGAAUUCACGCGCCUUACCUUUCAACUGUUAAUGUCAUUUUAAGAAUAUGUUUGUCAGCACAGGGGCCGAGUUUGUUGCUUCUAACAUUUUGCCAGUGAGUAUUAGAGAGUUAUCUGCUCCGGGUCAACCUGGAAAUCCUCUUAACAUUCCAGUAUUCUCUCUCUCGAGUUGGAGGCUUGAGUUGCCUUGUCGUUCCCAAAGGAACUUCCUUUGGGGACAAUAUUUUAUUCCCGUCCUCUGUAACGUUCCAUUGACAAAACAUGCUGCAAACCCAAGCAGAGCAGAUACUCCAAUCUAUGUUGUGCACUUAAAUGUGAGCAAAUCAUUACUGUAUAAACAAGCUGGGCUUGUGUCAGACUGAUCAUUCCAUGUGUUCUUCAACAUGCUGCUUGAAAUCUUAUAGGUAUGAUUUUGAAAAUAGAUCUCAUCAUAAUGACAGUUGAUAGAACAGAGAGAACAACACUGCACAACUCUCCUAAAAAUGUUCUAAUUUAGUAUGCAAAACUGGUUCUAUCUUUCAGCUCUGCUUACGUGGUAUCUUGAUUUUAAAACUCUGGUUAUUGUAUAUCUCAAAGAUGAAACGGUGAAUCAUUCAUUAGUGCGACAUCAAUUGGAUUUAUUUUCUUUAGGUUACAUGAUUAAAAGUCAUCCGAACCAAAAACAGACGACGGCUGAAAAAGUCAUCUUAAAUGCUGUAAACCUUGUGAUUUUUUUCCCCCCACAAUAUGUCCAGUGAACAUAAUUGACCCCAUAUGAAUUGCAUUUUGUCACAUCGGCCAAAACACAGUACAGUAUCUACAGUGUGUGUGUGUGUGUGUUCAUGUGCGCGUACGCCUUGGACGUGAUGUUACGUUUCCUCCCGGGAGGAUCAGUGCUGUGUUUACAACCUGUUACACUGACAUGUUUCACAUUCUCAAGAAGGUUGUGUGUCCACCUCAGCCACAGUGAACACUGUUUGGAAGUUAUGCAGUUAUAAUCAUUGUAGAUAUAAAAAAAAAUAUUUAUAAAUAACUUAUUAAAUUUGUGUAAAGAACUCUUUUUUUUCUACACACAACA